AUGAGUGGGAAGGCAAUCCGUUCGUCUUACACCAUUGAUGGACUGCUGGGUCUCAACCGACAAGAUGAACACAAACACCUAGCAAAACCGGAACAAGUGAUCGACGAAGCAACACAUAAACCGGAUCACAGCACACGGCACGACACAGAACAAGAAACAGCAGACCACAAUCUCUUUUCCACAGAGAACGAUUUGGAACUGAGUUUAACAAGUGAACAGGAUGCAGUCGAGAAUGAAGAUGAAAAGGGUAAAAGCGACGACGAAGAUCACGACACAGAUGACAGCAAAUGUUCUCCAGGGAAAAGAAAACAGCGCAGAUACCGCACAACAUUCACAAGUUAUCAGUUGGAAGAACUAGAAAGAGCCUUCUCUAAGACUCAUUAUCCAGAUGUUUUCACAAGGGAAGCACUGGCUAUGAAAAUUGAUCUAACUGAAGCUCGUGUUCAGGUUUGGUUUCAGAACCGAAGAGCCAAAUGGCGAAAACGAGAGAAGGCGCAAGGAGUCCGACUUCACGCCCCACUUGGAUUAAGCAAUGCUUUAGUUCCACCACUGCUAUCUGCUUACACUUCAGAUCUGAGUACAAUGUGUAGCAAAACACAUGACCAAGAAUGGGAUUCUAGUAUUAGUUCUGCAGCACUGCCUCAUCCACCGCCUUCUUUCCCGGCCCUUCGUCUUCCCAUACACCCUGCGGCCUGCCCACAAUCAGGUAGCAUGGCCCACUUUUAUUCACCUUAUUACGCCCAUCAUUCAGACUACUACCCAGCGGCUACAGCUCUGAGCGGAUCACUUUUGGCUGCCGCCACAUCCACCGCUUAUAAAUCGCCAGUGUUUAAAUUCUCGCCCGUUGUGUCGCGUGGUUCUCCUCCUCGAAGCAGUUCACCCGCCAGUGAACCAGACAGAAGGACAACAAGCAUCGCAGCGCUCAGGAUAAGGGCAAGAGAACACAGCGCUUCUUUCGGCUAUCUUUCUUCUACGGAAUGAACUUGUAUUUGAUACACUUGACUCAUGUCUAAUAUCCCUUGAAAGAACGCUGGCUGGAGAAAAUCGACACCAUUUGUAAAACUUUUCUUACAAUAUCAAUUUUUAAUCAGUUUCGAAAGAAAAUUAUCAUUUGGUUAUCCCUUUAUUUAAUUGAAUCUUUUAACAGGAAAAAGUUCGGCUUUUAAGGUUUGCGAGUGUUCAGUUUCUGUAAGUUUGAAUUUUUUCGUGAAUGGUGUGAAUGUAAAGCAACUUAAGAGUUGUUAAUUUGUUUGGGGUACGACUCAGUGCGAAAUAACCGCCCGGUCAAUAAUUUAAUAAACGGCUUUGUUUGCGUUACUUGCACACGAGUUCUUAACAAGGGAUCACACAAAUCACGCUGAGGAACCAUUAACCAUAGCACCGCUGUCGGCCGCUUUGUUCUCGUCAACAAAAUAUUACUUUACUAAUAGGAUAGCGGGAAGGGGGACAAGACUGGGAUUAUCAAGGAAUUAGUCGCAUUAGACAAUCUAUCAAUGACAUAAUUGGUGAAUCGAGUACAGUUACCACCUGAUAUUGCCAAGUUGCCAUAUUUGGGGGCAACACCAGUGGUCACCUGAUUGUCUUGCACGCACCGAUGCGCUCUGUCACUCAGUGUGGAAAAUUUGCGCCAAGUUUUGAGCGCAUUCAGUGGACGUGUAAAGCACGCCAUCAUUAACUCAUGACAACAGUCGAACUUUUUUAUGAAAACAACAAAUUUGAAUAAUUUAAUUACGUUUUAAGCAAAACAGUGAUAUGUAAUCAACGAGUUUUAAUUACCGGCAUGAAAUUCGAUUAGUGCUAUAGCUUGUGAUUGGCUUUGCGAAGGUCUUCCUGUAUACCUUGUUUCUUGAACUUCCCUGUAAAAUUACUAAGUUAUUAGCACUUGGAGUGGCGCCGCUUUUUACUAAAGACGGCGUCCUUUUUGCUUGAUAAAUGAGGUUUACAAGAGGAUUAAAGAUUUGCUAUGAUUGCGUGUUUCAUGAUGCGGAUCAGUGUUGCCUUGCAACAGUUCACACAUCAGUCAACAGGGCAGCUUUCUCUUCUGUUCAAAUUUGAAUAAAAAUCAUUAAAAUUACAAAAAUUGAUGAAUAUUUUUUUUCUCCAAUUUAGUGGUUACGUCUACCUAAAUGCAACUUUAUCUUUCAAUAAAUCUUCUAUUUGGUAUGACUUGUGGUCGUAAGAUUUCAAGGGCUUCGGAAAACAUUGGAAAAGUAACUAUUCUAAACUGAUCAUUGAGGUCAUUGUAAGGUGAACUGCGGAUUGUUGUGUCAAGACCGAUCUUCCGGCCUCUUGUCGAAGUGACUUUUAAGAAUUUUUUUACUUUUUACAUUCACUAACUAUGAAUUAAUUUUUGGUUAUUUUACGCCUGUUUCUGAACGUUAAGUUUAAUUUGACUAUAUCAGUGAACAAAAGCGACAUUGUUAGCCUGCUUUUUUUCUACCUUUUUAAGUUUCACUUGUUUUAACAAUGCUUAAAACGCAAAAUUAUUAGCGCGCUAAAUUGAAAACAUCAAUAGAUUGUCUGGCUUGUUAGGCCGCCGAGCACUGAUAUCGGCCAGUCAAACUUCAUGAUUGGACAACUCCUUUACAAGCAAUAACUGCGAGAUACAAUCAUGUUUCCCUCCAUAGCUUGUUAUCGUUCCGCAAUAUUUCACAAAUAGACGAGAUGAGCACGAUUUUACUGAUGCGAACUCAUCAGCCACCCUAUAAGCAGAGCCUUUUCUUACGGUACAUAUGCUUUGUACCAGAAAAGAGAUAGAGAGGCUCUGCUCGCAGGGUGCUCUUCAGCUUGCUUCAUCAAGCCUUCGUCAGCCUAUUCUGAAUAACAAGCAUACUCAAUAAGUCCCAUUUGACACUCGGCUGUCAUACCACAAAUAUUCAUUUGGUAUUUUGUUAAAAUUGGUUUGUCCGUAAACUUAAUCUUUGUUUCGAGAACGCAAUACUUUACAACUAACUCUGAAGUCGUUUGCCACUAAAACACGCGCUAAGAAUUAUUUCAGAGAACGAAAUUUUAAUUCUUCCGUCAAUUAGUUAAUAUAUUCAUUGUGACGCGUGCUAAAAUUAUUUUGUCCAUCCUCUUGACUAAUAUGUUAUCUCCGAGUCACACGUUUCCUAACACAAUUUUUUUUCCUUUUACGUGUUGGUUCAGUAUAAUUUGUGAAGUUUUGUCUGUCAAGGAAAAUAAAUGCACUUUUAAACAAUAUUUGUUUCCAUGCAGUGAAACAAUGAGCGACUUAACAGAGGGCUUUCACUUCAAGCGCAUAAGCUACAGUAAGAGGGUGAUAAUCAACACCUUUUGUUAUGCUAGCUUACUGCGUCUGUGUAUGUUGCAUAUAUUUAUAGGCUAGUGAAUGAUUCCACAUGAUCGCUAUGAUUGCUUCAAAAAAAGCGCACAUCCUCGGGACGCGAAAAAAGUGUCCGUGACUGGGGUUGGCCGCUUACCAGAAUGGUGCUUUCAAGCCACUAAAGAUGUAAGAGAGAAUGUAACAAAGUAUCACCGUAUUAAUUAUUUUGUUUUAUUACCUUAUGCAGUGCCACAAUAAUAACGAUAACUGUAUUCUUUUUCUCCAGCUUCUCAGCGGUCCGGAAUCCCAAAUCCUUGAAUCUGAUCAGCCAAUCACGCGCGCUCCAGCGGUCCUGAUUUUACCAUCUGGGCCCCGAUUACGGACCGCUCCAAAAUUUCAAAGUUUGGCAACUUCUCAAGCUCUUUGUUACAUCGCAAAACAACGUAAAAUGUAAUCUGUCAACAGAGGGUCAAACAAUUAUGGAUUCCGAUAACUUUUUGUGCCCGAAAUGUUAAACGUAAGCGUACGCCAGAUUUGACGGUUCUCAAGGGGUAAAAUGGGAACUGGGAUUGGCCUGUUUUUGCCCUGGGAAAAUGGGAAUUAGGUCACUGGGAAUGGAAAGAAAUGUCAAAAAUGGGAAUGGGAUAAAUAUUUUGUAACCAUGACCAGUCAAGACAUCACUUAUUUCCUGGGAUCGAGAAACGUUAGAAAAUGUUUUAAGUACCUUGUUCAUGUCAAUUUUGAGCAUGUUAAUCCAGAUCCAGCAUGUACAUAGCCUGCGAACGCAGACGUAUUUCCGGCUGUCACUUGGUUCAGGCGAACCAAGUGACGGCCGGAUAUACGUCUGCGUUCGCAGGCUAGCAUGUGCAGGACUUGUCACUAUUUUCCUGUUACAAAAUGAGAUCAAAUGUGGAGGUACUCGAUCUUAAUCCUUCAUGUUCUAAAUCAGCACUCCCCGCAUGCCAUAACACUUUUUAGAGACACUUUUACAUUGUGUGAAUAUGCAAUGAUGUUUGGAACAUCAGUUGAAGAAGCUGUGAAAUGAGCUUCUAAGUGGACAGCAGCGAACUACACACAUCCAAAUUCAUAUUACAAACUGCCAACAUCACAUACAGUUUCUUUGCCUCACAAUUUCAGAGCCAACCUCACAGGAGAUAACCAGAAACGAGCAAGCUGAGAUGGGGGCGUGGGCUAAGAUGCAUGAUAAAUCCGUCCGACAACGAAAUGUAAAACAGGAUAGUAGAAUGAGCAGGACAGGCACUUUGCCUCUGAACUUAUAUAGAGCUGAAAUGCUCUUGAAACGAGUCAAUUUGAGUUCACUCUAAAGCGUACAGAGUUCCAAGCGAAGAUGAAUGAGCCAGCUAAUUCAAAUGAGAAUGCCAAUUUACCAUCAGCGUCUCCUGAUGAAGAGGUGGACAGCUUAAGGACGUUCGCGCUAAUUACUUCUGCCCAUCCUUACUGCGUAUGCAAAUUCACACGCCACGCCAUGCAUGAGCGCGCGUGCUAAGAACAAUGAUAGGGCAGAUGGCCAUUGCUAUAGCUUUGCCUGGAUUUAACGAUCUCGAACGUUCGGUGACCCCUA